ACAAGAUGGGGCGUUUGGCGAACAUUUUCCAGGGCUAUUGCUGCUUUCAAGUGUCCCUGAUGUCAUGCUCUAGGUUGUACGUGGCGAUGUAGGCUUCAUGCAUGUCUUCAUUCUUUGACCAAGAUCUCACGUUGUACCGCUGUCCUUCGCGCCCCCACCUCAGAGGCCGCCGGGCCGCCCUCGAAGCUGCAUGAAGGAUGAGGCUAUGGCGCAGAUCAUGGGAAGCCGCCAUCCGUCGCCUCGCUGCUUUAUGUUGCCACCGUCCUCUCAAGAAAUUGAUGUUGGUCAACCACGGUCUCAACAUUCAACAUGACAUCCGCGUACCAACGAGUCGAAACACUCGAGGACUCACUUCGGACGUCCCAGGACGAUCAUCCGGCUCCGAUUUCGUCGUCACCAUCUUUACACGACUCGACAGAUUUAGCGCAGGUGACUGAGCGUCAUGAAGACGCGAUCAAACAGCCGAUGAUAUCGGAGCAAUCGGUCGCAGACUCUACAACCGGAUCAAUCGAUCAUGCCAUAUCGGCCGCAGAAACAAAGCCUACGGAGACUAGUCUAGCACAAUGGCCGCGACGCUGGUGGACGCGGUUGCUCCGCACAUGGUGGAUUGAAUCGCUAUGUUGCUUGCUGGUUGUGGGCUCACUUAUUGGUCUGAUCGUCACAUUGAAGAUGCACGAGCGACGAACAAUCCCAGAGUGGCCAUACAAAAUAACCAUCAACUCAAUCAUCUCCCUGUUCAUAUUGGUUCUUAAGACCAGCGCCUUGGUAGUCCUAUGUGAAGGUAUAAGCCAGCUCAAAUGGACGUGGUUCAACCGAACAAGGCCAUUGAGCGAUAUCGCCGCGUACGAUGAUGCCUCACGUGGACCUUGGGGAGCGCUGGUACUCAUGUGGACCUUGCGGCAUCGCCACUUGUCGUCGUCUUUGGCUGCUUUCAUCAUGCUCGCUGCGUUGCUCCUGGACCCGAUGGGACAACAGCUUGUCGAAUAUUAUAGCUGUGAUCAAGUGCUGCUCAACACGACCGCAACAUUCCCACGCACGCAAUUCUUGGGUGGGAUCGAAACUUCGGAUUAUGUCUCGGACGCCACGGCGGCCAUCAAAAGCGGCCUCUAUGCCCAAAAUCCAGUACCUAUCGACUUUGAUUGCCCUACUGGACAAUGCUCGUUCCAACAAAGCUAUGGUACUAUCGGCUGGUGCAGCCAUUGCGAGGAUGUGUCUGAAAAGGUGGUGUUCAAUACCGUGAAGGCGUCAAACAACAAGACUUCGUGGAUAACAGCUACCUUGCCUUCAGGAUCGUUCGGCCAAACAAUGAAUGACACAACCUCUAUACAGCUGGCUGUAGUGACGAAGCGGGAUCCUUCUCAAGCCGGGAUGACCACAGACUUCAUCUCCGUCACUUUUCCAGAGCGGCGUUUGAACAAGACCUCGCACGAUUCCGAUUGUCCUCCAUACAAUCAGACCACUGGCUCGUGGUGUUCGAACGGCUUUGGCGCUGCUACUUGCCAAUCUUACAUAUGUGCGCGUGAGUUCAAUGCCAGUGUGAGCGACGGUCAUCUACAGGAGAUUGAACUUUCGAGAACGACAAUAUGGACCAACAUGAAUUCCUUCUUCACGUACCAGGACUCAUAUCGUAAUGCGAUACGCCUCAGCUGCCUGACUUCCGAACAGCGUGGAAAACUCAAGUCCUACGGCUACGACAUCACACCAGAGAUGACGUGGGUCCCCUACAAUGGUUCCGUGACCGAUCCGACUGACCGGGAUCAGUGGCCCAUGGUGACUCGAGCAGUAGACCGGGACGGAUUGACAUACGUUUACUACGCAAGCAAUCGCACGACCGUGGUCUUCGAUUAUCGAACAGACACGCGACAUUCCUUCAUCAAGGCAACAAAUGAAGACACCAUUGCGAGUAUCGUGCCGCAAGAAUGCAUCUAUGGGUUUGAGCCUGGGAUGGCUGGUGAUGUGCAGCGAACAUCCUUGAUGCCCAGUCUCGAUGGCCAAUAUGGAUGGCAAAGGCAAAACCUGGGAUCAUCAUCCAAUUCAUCGCGUUACUUGGGAAAGCUGGGUCCGGUCUCCGAAGUGAUGGCCAAGUUGUCUCGAAAUAAAAAUAUUGAAUUCGGGGACGUCGAGAAGGUGUAUAUGGACGCGACCAGUGCGCUUGAUCGCUUCGCACGACAGGCUGGCAACGCAAAGUUCAGUGCUCCGGCGAAUGGUACAAUUUACAGCAAAUCAACCUGUCUGAGAUUAAACGAAGGCUGGUUUGCAGUGCCGGCGGCCUUCACAGCGCUCCUCCUGCUGUUCUUCCUCACACUGGUACUGGAGACCGUGCCGACCCAGCGAGCGUCCGCAGACCAGCAGCUGCACAACUUCAAGGCAUCACCACUUGCUCUUUUGUUCCAUGGAUUUGAUGACAACACGUUAUCAGGUCUUGAUCGCCAGAGCGCCUCUGAUGACCGAAAAGAACUUGAGAAGCUUGCGAAGACCAUGCGAGUCCGUCUUGUGCGAUCACAAGAUGGUUGGAAAUUUAGCGAAGAUGAUACCGGUUCUGCUGAUUCGGCAUGAAAAAACGUACUCCCAAGCGAGCUAGGAACGCAUGCGCCGUUUUUGAUGAUUUACGAGUGAUGUAACAUGCUUUUUUUUGGCAACCUUCCGCAAGAACGAAAUAGCCCGCAUAUGACUCAAACGUGACUCGUUCAGCAUCUGAAAUUUGUCGAUGUUCCCUCUAAUCGUGCUCCGGUCACUUCGAGGGCUGACCCGCGUUCACUUCAGCCGGUUGCGAGAAGAGG